AUGGCAAGGCAAAAAGCAAAUUUGCGCACGCAUUCCAAGAGCGUAACCGUGGAAGGAGCUUCUACACAACAUAUGAAUCAAGAAACGAACCAAAAAAUGCGUGAAGCUUCUACGCAAGAUGUGCGACCACCUGUAUAUGCCACUCGUGGGCCAAGCAAGUACUUGGAUGUUUGGGAUCUUCCUGAUGACAAAGUAAUUGAAUUGCCUCUAAAUAGUAUGUAUCAGCCGGUUGAUGAAGGGGCGAGGGCUUUCACUGGUUUCUUGGGGACGAUUGCACGGAAACCCCACAUGUGCCUGAUUAGAUAUCUGACUUGGAAGGACAUACCAGAAGAACUUAAAGAAGAGUGUUGGCGUCUUGUAGAGCGAAAAUACGUCGUCCCUACGAAUCCUACUGCAUAUGCAGCUUUGAAGACAUUUACCUUACAAAAAAUUAGGAAGGCUUGGAGGGUUCACAAGUGUAGGCUGAAAACAUCUCAUUACAUACCGCAUCUAAGAAACAAAGCAUGGGUGAAGAACAACCGACCCAAGAGAUGCAUACCAGAAGAUUGGGAUGUUCUUGUUGACCAUUGGUAUACUGAUGAUGUAGUGAUAGAGUCAGAGAAGAAUAGGGACCGUCGUUCUAAACAGGAGGACUUACAUACUGCUGGUUCAUGUAGCUUUGCCGUGCACGCUGCAAAGAAGGCAAAAGCGAAUGAACGUCUUGUAGAGUGUGCAGCAUUAUAUUCAAUACUGCACACUCGUAAAGAUGGAUUUACAGUUAAUCCUGCAGUACAAGCAAAAAUGGAUAAAAGGAAGGAGUUGUUGGCUGAACCUUCGAAUCAAUUGCAAUCAUCUGACAUAAGUGGUAGUAUUGCAUGGGCACCAGAUGAUGUGUUUGCCAAAGUGAUGGGUAAGGAGUGCAAAGGUCGUAUUCGUAGGGUAGGAUUUGGUCCAAGCCUAAGUGGCCGAAGUAGCAAGAGUGCUCUUACGGACCUUCAAAUACGAUCAAGUCAAGAAAGGGACGACGAAGUUGCACAACUGAAGGCUUCCUUGGCUAAUAUGCAGGAGAAAUUGUCCUCUUUUGAGGAAAUGAAGGAAAGACUUAGCCAAUUCGAAGAGAUGGAGAAAAGAAUGGCUCACAUGCUUCAACAAAUGCAACAAAUAACUUCACAAUGCAGUCAGGUUGGCAAUAAUGUUUGUUUAAUUCCUUUGAUCAUGCUAUUUCCUUGA